AUGGACGGUAACCAGGUUAGGGGAAAAACGUCGUAUCGCCAAUUUGAAUAUUGUUCCUUCUGUCGUACUAACCACAAGAAAGGAAAGAAACAUUUGUAUUCAACGAAACACCGGACAAUUAUUCAGAACAUUUUGGACAAAACUCGGAAGAAGAUAAUAGCAGCUACAGAUACCCUGACUGCCCCUGAAGUAGAACCCUUAGGAAGAUCAGACAUGAAGCAGAACUUUUGGUGUUACUUCUGUGUCGCUGAGAUUGCCAGACAUCAGACACUUGAUGUUUGUCUCCUAAAGUUUGGAAGCCUGCUGGAACAUAUAGCAAGUGAGAACCACACGAAGAAAACAGCUGAUUUUUUCCGUGCUCACAGAGUAGAUGAGUCAGUCUAUGGAAGAGAUUUGUAUUGUUUAUCACCAGAUAAAUUAAAAACGUUUCAGAUGCUGACAAUCCAGGAAGUAAGAAAAUUUGAAGAGAGAGACAAACAUCUAAAUAAAUUGAUUGCAAGGAAACUCAGAGAUCAAGAAACAAAGAGGAAAAUUAUCAGCCAAUCAGAAGACUGGAAGACUGUCAAACAGGAACAGCAGUUUUCAGAAGCCAGAAAUCCAAGUUCUGUGUACACUAGUGAUCACCUGACCCAUUCUGACCAAUCAGGAGUGUCUACUCUCUCGGCCCAUGGGGACGGUAUGACCUUCAUUGGCCCACAGGAUUUCAUUGUGGAGGAAGGCAAUGUCCACACAGGAGGUUUACCCCCGUGGUUACAAGACAACUCCGAGGACACAGACCAGGAAAUAGGCCCUACACUGAAAGACUUUCAGAGACACGUGGCUAAUGAACAGAAGAAGAAGCUGCCAAGUUGUCGAGUGGGCGCCUCGUUUGACAGGAACUCUGCUAAAUCUGAUAGCUGGUUGCCAUCCUUUGGACAAGUCUGGAACUCGGGACGUCGCCUCAACUCCAAAAAAUAUUUUGAAAGAGAAACAAAAAACUUGACACCUAUUGGUAGAAGGUUGAUGAGUGGUCCAGAGACAAGUUCUAGUGAUGGAAAAGAUAUACACAUAGGACAUACUUCACAUCAAAUGAUUCCUACAAACGUGGUACCUUAUAGGAGUAAACGGUUAAAGGAUGCCAGUGGUCAAGAUUUAAACAACACAUCACAGAAGGAUUUAACUACUGGAUGUUUUGGAGCCUUGACACAAAGUGGUCUUGAUGAUAGUAAGUCUGUGAAUAAUGGUAUUAACAAUGAUCGGUAUGGAGGGAGAAACACCAUGCUUACUGUUGGAAUUCAUUUACCUUCCAGAUAUAUUCCUAAAACAGAUAAAAACAAUGAGGAAUAUAAACACAAGGAGGGUACAUCUCUUCUACAAUAUCCAUCCCAGCAGGAAUACACUGAUAGGGGAACUUCUCAAUACUAUCGUCAAGGUAACCAGGACAGAUUACAAGUUGGAUACAGUCAUAAUAUAGAAAAACCUUAUCAAAACUACAGAAACAACAGCAUUGAAGAAAACCAUGGAAGCAACAACAGUAAACAAUACCAUGGAAACGACAACAGUAAACAAAACCAUGGAAACGACAGCAGUAAACCAUACCAUGGAAACAACAAUAGAAAACGAUACCAUGGAAAUGACAACAAUGGACAAACAUCAGAUAAUUCACAAAACAUUGGAAGAGAGUUAUCUAAUCAAGCUUAUAAACGGAAGAGAAGUAGACCAGGACUUCAAGUCUCUGAAACGAUAAGUAAAUGUGAUGGUGCUUUCCAAAAUAUUGGCUCCUUACCUGUGAAGACCAACUUCAUAUCAACUCCAUUAUUAGAUAAUAAAUAAGGAAUACAGUACAAAAAAUUGA